UUGGCCUGCUGCUGUGGUACUGCUGCUUGUUCCUUGUGCUGCAAAUGCUGCCCCAAGAUAAAGCAGUCAACGAGUACUCGCUUCAUGUAUGCGCUUUACUUCAUCCUGAUGGCUAUCAUCUCUUGCAUCUCUUGCAUGAUGUCAACGACAGUAGCAAACAAAAUGAAAAUCGCCUUCUACGCGCAGCUAUGCAAGGGCAUUCAGGCAGGAGACAUGUGUGAGAAGCUGGUGAGCUACUCCACCGUGUACAAGGUCUGCUUUGGGAUGGCCUCUUUCUUCUUUCUCUUCUUCUUGUUCACCAUCAAAGUGAACAACAGCAAGAGCUGCAGAGCGUACAUUCACAACAGAUUCUGGUUUAUUAAGCUUAUACUUCUGGCAGCAAUGUGUUCAGGAGCCUUCUUCAUUCCUGACCAGGAUGCUUUUCUCAAUGCUUGGCGCUACGUAGGAGCAACGGGAGGUUUCCUUUUCAUUGCCAUUCAGCUCAUCCUGCUUGUUGAAUUUGCACACAAGUGGAAUAAAAACCGGACAGCUGGCACAAAUCACAAGCAGCUCUGGAACAGUUUGCUGGCUCUGGUCAUGCUGGUCCUGUACACGAUCGCUGUGGCAGCCCUGGUCGUCAUGGCCAUCUUCUACAUGCGCCCCGAGGGUUGCACAUACAAGAUCCUCCUCGGGGUUAACGGUGGCCUGUGCCUCUUUGUGUCGCUGGUGGCCAUAUCGCCCUGUGUCCAGGACCGCCAACCUCAUUCUGGUUUGCUGCAGUCAGGAAUCAUCAGCUGCUGCAUCAUAUACCUCACUUUCUCAGCAUUAUCCAGCAAGCCUCCAGAAACCA